AUGCCGCCAACCCAAAGCUUAAAAGAGCAACAUGUUGCCGUCUUGGCAUUCCCAUUUGGCAGUCACGAUCUAACUAUCCUAAGCCUAACGCGCAGGUUGGCUCGUGCAGCGCCAAAUGUGCAGUUUUCUUUUCUAAGUACAGCAAAAUCUAAUGACUCUAUGUUUUCGGCUUUUAAGCUUGAUGUCCCUGAAAAUAUGAGAACCUAUAAUGUGGAGGACGGUGUACCGAUUAAUCAUGUUUUCAGUGGAAACCCAGUGAAGAGAUUGGAGCUCUUCCUUAAGGCGACUCCUGGAAACUUUAUGAAGGGCUUAGAUGUUGCAGUGUUGGAAACUGGUAGGAAAGUUAGCUGCCUAGUCACGGAUGUCUUCUUGACGUUUGCUGCGGAUAUGGCUAAGGGUAUGCAAGCUUCUUGGGUCCCUCUUUGUGUUGCGGUCCCAUACAAUCUGUCAGCCCAUGUAUACACUGAUCUCAUUCGCAGGCUUUACAAUCAUGAUGGUGGUGAAGCGAAUGGUGCAAAUUUCCGGCACCAAAAUCUGGAUGCUAUUCCAGGGUUAUCUGCAAUGUACGUUACAGAUUUAUCUGAUGAAAUAUUGCCUAGAGAUUCGAAAGAAACGUUAUUUUCUUGCAUGCUGAGUAGAAUUGGAUAUGUUUUGCCUCAAGCUACCGCUAUUGUCAUGAAUUUUUGCCAAGAACUUUACACUGCCCCACUCCUAGAUGAUCUCAAGUCCAUGUUCCCAAAUUUGCUCAACGUUGGUUUCCUAACGCAAGAACUACCGCCGCCACCAUUGCCUCCAUCAGAUUCAGAUUCGACAGGGUGUUUGUCAUGGCUAGACAAGAAAAAAUCCAAGUCUGUCGUGUAUAUUGGCUUUGGAACUGUGGCAACCCCAUCAGGUGAUGAGUUAGUAGCAUUGGCAGAGGCACUUGAAGAAAGUCACAUUCCAUUUCUUUGGUCUCUUAACGACAAUUGUAAGUCCCGUUUACCGACUGGAUUUCUUCAAAGGACAAGCAUGUAUGGGAAAAUCGUUUCGUGGGCACCCCAAACUCAGGUCUUAGGACAUGCUUCAACAGGCGUGUUUGUGACACAUUGUGGAGCAAAUUCUGUGUUUGAAAGCGUUGCAAAUGAAGUGCCAAUGAUCUGCAGACCAAUGUUUGGGGAUCAUUGGAUGAACGGACGUAUGGUGGAGGAAGUAUGGGGAAUUGGUGUCAGAGUUGAGGGGCUUGUCUUCACAAAGAGUGGAGUCCUCAAGAGCUUGGAACUCAUUUUGGGACAUGAACAAGGGAGGAAAAUGAGAGAAAGGAUUAGAAGCCUUAGAGAGCUUGUCUUGAAAGCCGCACGACCUAGUGGAAGUGCUUCGCAAGACUUCAAAACUUUAGUUGAAACAAUCUUAAAUUCUUAA